CUUAUUGAUAGGAAUGUUUAACUUAAUUCAACGUGAUUGAGCCAUCUCUACCAUUCGUUUUAGGUAUGUUAUCCCAAAAACAUCCACUAGAUGUCCCUGUUCCAAUAGUACGCCUUUUAAGUCUCACUCAAAACAGGAAAUCUGAAACAAGAAAAUAGUUCCCAACUCCCAACAUGUGGACGGCUUUUGGUUAAAUUUUGAAAGAUGGAUGCUACGGAGUUUCUACGGUGCAAGACAACACACUCUCCUGGCCAUUGUACCAGAACGUCCUGAAGAUUCUGAUGCUGAUCUGAGUGAUAAUGAUGACCCAAUAGAGGAUCCGGAGUAUCAUCCCACACCAGCAGAAGUUGCUGGUGACAGUCCUUUUGAAUCCCUGGAAGAAGAAGAGGCUCCCUCAACAAGCAGCUCCACCACACAGACGCCUGGUAAAAAAAGCAGAAAAGGAAAAAGCUCCCUAAAAACAGUUUCCUUGGAGGAGACAGGGGAUACCUCUGACCCAAAUUCGCCCUCAAGUCCAAACAAAGGCACAGAGAUAAUCUGGAAGCAUGAACACAUUGAGGAAUUUGAGGUUCCGGUUUCAAGAUUUGAACCCCCUGAGGCUGUACAGACACCCUUCCAGUACUUCAAAAGGCUUUUCACUGAUGAGAUGAUAAAACAUAUUGGCCAUCAUACCAAUCUCUACUCCGCCCAAGAGUUGGGGGAUCCCAUCAAGACAAGCCCUGAAGAGAUACAAGAUUUCCUGGCAAUCUUACUCUUCAUGGGUGUAUUCACCUUCCCAUCACUGGAGGACUACUGGCACGAUGAGUCACGUUUCGACGUGAUAGCUGAUAUCAUGCCAAAGAAUAGAUUCCAGCUUUUACGCAGGUACAUUCAUUUCAAUGACAAUCAGCAGUGGAAUCAGAGUCCAGACCGAUUCUACAAAAUCCGUCCCCUCUUUGAUAUGCUUCGAGAGCAAUGCCUUCUGAUUCCAUCCACUUACAAACACAGUGUGGAUGAAGUCAUGGUCGCAUAUAAAGGCACAAGGGCUGGCAGUCUCCGCCAAUAUAUGGCAAACAAGCCAGAUAAAUGGGGCUUUAAGAUGUUCUGCCGAGCCAGUUCAUCUGGCAUCAUCCACGACCUGCUGAUGUACCAAGGGGCAUCCACAUUUUUCAAUGUUGCCCUCAGUGAGCAGGAGCAGACGCUACUUUUGGGAGCAAAAGUAGUGACAACGCUAUGCAAAACCAUAGCACAGCCACGCCUUUCUGUCGUCUUCUGUGACAACUACUUCACCAGUUUUAACUUGGUCAGAGAUUCCUGGCUGGUCUACAAAAGGGACUGUGGCCUACUGAACGAGAAACCCUUGUGUCUAAAAAGGUUUCGCCUGGCAGUCGCCCACAGUCUGAUCCAAGUCAACAUGCGCUAUGACAACAUGGGACAUUGGCCACUUCACAGUGACAAGCGGGGGCGAUGCAACCUCUGUCCGAAGGGUGUGUCAAGAUGGAAAUGUCAGAAAUGCAAGGUUUUCCUGUGUUUGUCUGCAAACCGGGAAUGCUUUGCAGCAUACCACCAGAAAUAAAGUGGAUCUAAUGCUCAAAAAGCAUUGGUGCUGUUGCACUACAACACCGAUGAGUUGUGUUGUUGAAAUGUAUUUGUGUCUUUCACAAUGUGUUCCUUUUUUGCAUUGUUUUCCAAUGUUUAAAUGCAAUCCAGCAAUGAUGCAUAGUAUACUACUAGAAAUGUGGGUAUUUCUCCUCAAAAAGAAAAAAAGUGGAUCUAAUGCUCAAAGAGUAUGGUGCUGUUGCAUUGGUGCUGUUGCCCCACCACAGAGAUGAGUUGUGUUGAGAUAAAGAAUAUCAAAAGUGCAAUGUUUCUUUGUGUUUUCCAAUGUUUCCCAGUUUUUGCAUUGUUUUCUAAUGUUUAAAUGCAAACCAGCUUAGUAUUCAACUAGAAAUUUGCAUUUUUCGCCCCAAAAAUAAUUGUGCUGUUGCACCACCCACACAGUGAAAGUGUGAUGAGAUACGUUAGGGGUGCAAUUUUUCUCCUGUGUGUUUUGCAAUACUGACAUAUAAGAAUAAACUGUAUUCAAUG